GGGACGAUGGGAAAGUCAACAGUACUCACGCUAACCUUGCUAGUGAUCAUCUUCCUGAGCAUACCGACUAGUUCGGAUGCUGGUAUGACUGUCCAGUUGGAACGAAUCGAGCAGAUCGGCGGCGAACACUUGGUGAACUCGACCAUGGUCCGCGUCCGGAAGUUCAACCGCACCACCUUCACCAUGAACGGGACAGGUAUCCUGUUGCUGGAUCUGGACGAAACUUACGAAGCAAAUGUUAAGGUCGCCUACAGUCGACUCGGGAACAACCAGUGGAACGAGUAUCCGAUGAAGAUUGGUCAGAAGAACGCCUGCCAAGCAAUGGUCGAAGAGUACCAGCAGUACCAGUACGUUUUCAUCGACAACACGAAUCUGCCUCGUAUCCCGGAAGGAACCAAGAGGUUCUGUCCAAUUCCCAAGGGAACGUACUGGUUUCGGGACAUUGCUCCGGACGCUAGCUUUGUUCCACCAGUUGUUCCGGCCGGCUACUGGCGCAUGACACUGGAGUCCUGGCGGCAGGGUGAACUGCAGGGUGUGUUCCGAGUUUACGCCCGUCUUACCAAGGGAUUAAUAUGAUUCGGUGGAUUAGAUCAUCACGGAACUAG